UCACUCCAGCGGCAUGAACGGUCCUUCUCCGCGUCAACAGAGCCACAAUGGAGGGACUUUCACCGUAGGCAACGUUGGAAGAAAGUCCAGCAGACGUACACGUGAAUUUGUUUACUUCCUCGAGGUGUUACGUUGAUCCCGUGCAACGUUUUGUUAAGGGCCAUGGCAACCCGAGCCAACGUUAAGCCGUUCAGCCCCACGGAGGCCCGGAGGAUUCAGGAUGGUUUACAGCAGCCCGCUGUCUUCCUAAACAUGGCUUCUGAUUGGCCAGUUUGCAACUGGAGCGUCGACCAAUUGGCUGUUUCCCUGGGAGACAAGCACAUCAGAUUCAGGCUUGGCCGAAAAGAUGAAACUAACUGGCCUCUGUUUGAGACACAGUGUGCCUAUGUAGAGGCUAACCUGGCCCAGUUUCUCAGAUGGACCAGUGGCCACAGUGAGGCGGCUGUGGGAUCUUUUGCCGCCUACCCCUUCUCGGAGUACUGGGCCUACGCUGACUACAAGUACAUUGCUCACCUCUUCCAGGAGACGCCUUCGAAGUUUCAGGAUGUCAGGUGGUCCGACUUUGGCUUUGAGGGGCGCGACGGGCAAGCCAGCACCCUGUGGAUCGGCACCCAGGGGGCCAACACCCCAUGUCACCUGGACUCGUACGGCUUCAACCUGGUGCUGCAGGUGCAAGGAAGGAAGCGCUGGCACCUGUUUCCUCCCGAGGACACGGCCAGCAUGUACCCCACCCGGAUCCCCUACGAGGAGUCCAGUGUCUUCAGCCGGGUGGACGUGGUCCGCCCCGACCCGGCCAAGUUCCCGGCCUUCAGGACGGCCAGGCCCCACCGGGUCACCCUGCAGCCUGGACAGGUGCUGUACGUCCCCAGACACUGGUGGCAUUAUGUGGAGUCCUUGGAUACGGUCACUGUUAGCGUCAACACCUGGAUAGAGCUGGAAGUGGACGACGAGGCGAGGGUCAGCGAGGCCGUGACCAAGGCGGUGGUGUGCGCGCUGAAAGCAGCGCCCAGCCAAGACAACGGCGACACGUGGCUCAACCCCACCGAGGACGGAGUGGCCACUCACGAGGAGAACAUGCAGUGCCUGAACCUGGCGGUGCAGGCGUGCGCGCAACAACCGCCGACCGAAACGAAAGCCCUGAAACGAGACUCUGCCGGGCUGCCCGCUGACCCGGCCGUGGAACCUACGCCCAUUACCGCUGCCUUUGGGCCACACCUGGUCCUGGUGCCCUGCACCUCUCACGAAGACACCCCCGGCUAUGACGCGACCUGCCCCGCCGAAACACCAACCAAGCAGGCCAAACUGUCGGGGUCCUCGGCAGACCGACCUGCCGGAGCCGAGGGGUUCGGGGGGCCCGCCUCUGAGCAGGGUCGGGUACAGGGGGCGGGGGAUGCGCUGCCAAUCACCACCAACGACCUAUUGGACUGCCUGGUGCAUCCUGAUGUCAUCAGCCGCGUCACAGAGCUGUUGUUGGAGAAGCGGAGCGGGAGACGCCCCGGGGUCACACCCGCACAUCGUUGAGGUUUCGAUCCACGGUAAAUGACACAUGGGACUUAUUUGUGUUGUGUGGAGGGGAGAAGAUUGUGUUCAAAGGAGCAUCAAACCAGUCUUCACGCUUCUUGUUUGUUUAUUAAAGAGGCUUUGGUGCAAAUGACUCCUGUUUAGGCUAGAGGGGUAUGUGUCUGGACACCAACGUGGUGCUAAGCUUUCGCUUGAAAGGUUAAGAUUUUGACCCCAGUCCCCUGUUUGGCAGGAUCAGAAUCCCAUGGUUUAAAACAUCCCUUUAAAGGCCACUUUGGCUGUGAUUAAGGAGUGCAAUGCUUCCCCCCCGAGUAAGCAGUUAUUCCAAACUUCUGAUGAGUCACAGAAAUACAAACAGUUGGAGGAAAUUACUGAGGAUUAAUUGAGCAAUUAUAAUCCGAUCAAGUAAAUGUGGGAAUAAAUAUCAGCAAGUUCCCGGGUUUUGACACAUGCCUUGUUUACACAACCUAAUUCGGCAUCAGGAAGAAAAAAAAAAUCCACAAUGUUUUUCAUUUAAAGAUGUCAAAAGUUGUUAACUUGACAUUGUUAGUGGGAAAUUAAUUUACUCACUCCUCAUAUAGUAAUCAGAGCAUUGCUUUCCAACAGCAACAGCAGAUUGUAAUGGUGUUGUGAUUGGUUUAAUUGCAGAACAUUUGUCAGGGUUCUCCAGGAACUUUGAAUUGACGCAGCGUUAAUUGGAAAAUUUAUGUUAAUUAUUGCAUACAUUUUAUACAUUUGUUUUCUUAAAAAAAAUAAAAGACAUUCUACAGAA